AAAACACACCGGGUUGGUUCCCUGCAGAAGAUGAUGGGAAGACAAAAGCUCCGUUUUGGUGUCCACUGCUGGCCUGUCGCAUGCCUGCCUUCACUUCCAAAAGCCAGGAAUGUAAGCUGGAGGCUGCGCUUCACAAUCCUGUUCAAUGUGCUUUACUUGGUUUCUCAGCGGCGAGUACUUCACUUCCUCAAGGCUACCUCUGGGUAGCCGGUGGAGGUGAUUCCACUCAAGGCCAGGUGGACAUCUUCUCCUUGAACAGACCCACACCUCGGCCUGUAAAAUCCCUCCAGAUGGGAGCUCGAGUGAGGGGUUUGGAGUAUGUGCCUGAGCCCACCCCUUCAGAGGACAACAAAACCAGCCCUCACAGCUCCAUGGGAGUUGGAAAUACUAUUUGUGUGGGACUUGAUGAUGGCAGCAUUCUGGUCUAUGGCAGUAUGGACACAGCCGCCCAAUGUCUUGUGACUCUCCGUAACCCCGAGGGCUGUCCAGUUCUGUGUCUCAAACAUUCCGGGAAAUUCCUGUUCGCUGGCCUGCGGGAUGGAACGCUGAUGGUGUACGAGAGACAUCACGGAGGGGAACUGUGGAACCAGGACUCCUGUAGGAAAGUAACAGUUGGCUCAGAUCCCAUCAGGACACUACUUGCCUUGGAGGACUCGGUCUGGGUUAGCUGUGCUAACACAGUAACUGUAGUUGAUGGCUCCAGUUUGUCCACUCAGAGAUUUGAGGUCCAUCAGGACCCGAUGGUGAGCGUGGCCCAUAUGGUACGAGCUGGGGGGGGCGUAUGGAUGGCUUUUUCAGAAGGUUCCUCUAUACGCUUGUUCCAUACGGAAACACUGGAGCACCUGCAGGAGAUCAACAUAUCUACACCCUCAUCGUUUUACAACCCCAAAGGUCAGAAGAGCAUGAGAGUUACCAGCCUGCUGAUUUGCCAGGGGCUGCUGUGGGUGGGAACUGCACAGGGCAUUAUCAUCACCCUGCCUGUGCCCAAGUUGGAGGGCAUCCCCAAAAUUACAGGUAAGGGGAUGUCAUCUCUUAAUGCACACUGCGGGCCUGUGGAUUUCUUAGUUGCCCUUUCCAGCAGUUUGUCUCCUGAUCUUCUGAAGCGGGAUUCUCUGGUGGAAGGGCAUGACUCGGCCUGUGGAUUGGAGGACCGCAGUGACUCGUCCUCUCAGGAAUCGCUCCAGCAGCCCAGUAUUUCCGCCCAAGUGGAUGGUAAAGGGAAGGGUAGGAGUGGAGUGUUGCUACAGUACCGCCUCCGCUCAACCUCAGGUUUGCCCGGGCGACCAUUAACCGCGAGAGGGGACGAAGCUUCGGACUCGUCUUUAGAAUCUUUGGAGCACAGCAUGGAAGACGGCUCCAUAUACGAACUCAGCGAUGAUCCAGACAUGUGGGUCAGGGGUCAACCCUGCGAGAGGGACAGGAUGAGGAGGGAUAGGGUUACCUCAGUAGCAGUCAUCUCGGGCGGGAAGGGCUUCCGCCGACUGAGGGAGGGUUCUGUGGCAACCACCGCAGAAACCACACUUAUGAUCUGGCAGCUUCCUCUCAUGGUUUAAGCUGAAAUUGUGUUUAAGGAAUUGUGAAAUGAAAAUUUUGACAAUUUACAUACCCAUACUGUAUGUCAUUUCAAACCUGAAUGACUUUCUUUUGAAUUAAUGUACUGGUCACUCUUUUCAGCGCUGUUACAAUGAAUGAAACUUCAAAAAAGAUACAAAAGUUGUCAUAAAAGUGGUUCAUCCUCCCGUUACCAUCAUACAGUGAUGAACAGUCCUUUUAAAAUGUAAGGGAAUAUUUCUCUGAUAAUUUUCCUCUCUUGAGAACCGAUUCAUGAACAAAUCAUCCAGACCAAUGUUGUAAGCUCAACUGAUUCAUUGAAAAGAUCUGACUCGAGUCAUUUUACAAUUCAGACAUCACUAGGUUAAUGCAGUAACUGAAUUAUAUAAUAAAAAAAAAAAAUACAUUCUUUACACAAAGCUAUCGGCGCACCACUUUUUUUGGUGUAUUUUGGAGCCUGACAGUUCUAGUCCUCAAUUUUAUUAUACAGAAGAAUGGUGACCAGGAUAUUUGACAGAAACAAAGUAAUAUGGGUUUGGAAUGACGUGCGGAUAAGUAAAUUACAGAAUUUUAAUUUCAGAGUGAACUUUCCCUUUUCGCUGGGCAUGUGUGGUGCAAAAUGUGAGGCUCUUCUUUCCCAGAAAAAAAUGUCUUCUAUAUUAAAUGACCUUGCGAUCUCGAGAAAUCCAGGUCUUCCAAUAAGAAUAUUCCAUAACUAAUAGACUCAGAGUAAUAAGUUCUCAGUUAAUUCAGCUUCUGUCACUCAUUCCUGUACAGUACC